AUGCGAGUCUCGUCGCGGAAAAACUCGAGGAGGCACCAACGGAAACGCACCGCCAACAUCUCCACCAAGCAACAACACAGCAACCCGCAACAACCCUCAGUGAUGAUCGAUACUUCUAUGCAUGAUGUCCAGUUGCGGGUCCUCAAUGGCUACAUUGCCCACGUCUAUCCUCGCCUCCGAAAUAUUUUGAUUCGCCUCCCUCCUCUUUGUUCUGAGGGUGGUAUACCGGAGAGAUCGGCUCUGCAGCUGCGAUUGGAGAGCAGUCUUUGUCUGUUGGCGCGACUCGAGUGUCUGGAACGGCAACACUACAGGCUCCACCCUUCCGAAUGCGAUCUGUGGGCCCUGAACUACUCCUUCGGACUGGGGGCAGAACUGGACCGCCAAUUGGAUCAGAAGGAUACGGACAAAGGAUUGUUGACUGUGCGGGAGCAACCGAAGACCCUGGGGUUGAUUUUGGAUGUGGUUUCGAUGUCUGCCCGUUCUUCCUCAACUGGUAUUGGGAGUGAGUUUGAGCAGGCCCCUGUGCAGGAGAUCCGCCACCUCUUUGCCUCCAAGUGGGGUCUCUUCCGCUAG